UCCCCAAACCCUCACUCGCUCCAUCUUCUCUCAGCCGCCGAAACCCUAGGAGAGAAGGUUCAGAGAUCAGAGAUGACUACCCGAUUCAAGAAGAACAGGAAGAAGCGUGGUCACGUGAGUGCCGGCCAUGGAAGAGUAGGCAAGCACAGGAAGCAUCCUGGUGGUCGUGGUAACGCUGGAGGCAUGCACCACCACCGGAUCCUCUUCGACAAGUACCAUCCUGGGUACUUCGGUAAGGUCGGUAUGAGAUACUUCCACAAGCUUCGCAACAAGUUCUACUGCCCAAUCGUCAACAUCGACAAGCUCUGGUCUAUGGUGCCCCAGGAGGUGAAGGACAAGGCCACCAAGGACAACGUCCCCUUGAUCGAUGUGACUCAGUUUGGAUACUUCAAGGUCUUGGGCAAGGGUGUCUUGCCUGAGAAUCAACCCGUGGUAGUCAAGGCCAAGCUCAUAUCCAAGAUCGCCGAGAAGAAGAUUAAGGAGGCUGGCGGCGCCGUCGUCCUCACUGCUUAGGUUUGCAUAAUUAAUUUUCGCCAGAGUAGAGGUUUUGGGUAUUCUCUGUUUUUAUUUUUUUGGUUGUAAGUUUUGGAUUUAAAAGACUUAUUUUGUCUACAUUUUCAAUUAUAUCUUGAGAGUCUUUAACUAUGGAUAAUUUUUGCUUAUGCAAUCGUUACAAUUGAUAUUUA